UUGGGAUCUAAUGUUGAUUAUGAAAAUCUUUCAGAGACGUGUGGUAUUUGAUGCACUACAUAGGUGUACAAAGCCAUCAAGACUAUGGGAUCUUUAUGCUUUUGCAGCAGGACCUUCUAGGUUUCAGAACACUUCUCCACUGGUUCGCUUAUUGGAUGAAUAUUUUCGGCUUCUUUGCCUAGAUUCUUAUCGUGCAUCAAUCGAUAUAAUUGAAAAUGGGUCCUUCACCUUGUCAAAUGACCUAUGGAGAAUAAGUGGCGUGAAUGCCAAUUAUGCAAUGUGCCAGAGUUAUCCAUUUGCUUUGGUCGUUCCAAAAAUCAUUAGUGACGAUGAAGUGCUCCAGGCUUGCAGCUUCCGGGCAAGAUGUCGACUACCUGUAGUUUCAUGGUGUCAUCCUUUGACUGGAGCAGUUGUUGCACGAUCUUCUCAACCCUUAGUUGGUCUUAUGAUGAAUAUGAGGAGCAAUCUGGAUGAAAAACUUGUGGCUGCCCUUUGCAGCAAACUAGAGAAUGGCUCGAGAAGGUAAGAUUUGUAUGUUAAUGUUAUACUCUUGUAUUGUGGUAUGUCAUAUGUGGAAAUGUGUAGAUGCCCAUUUUACCUUUUGUUGAAUUUGAACUUAAUUAUGAAGAAUGGGU